AUGCGACAAGCGCAACUCCUUGGGGUUGCUGCGCUACCUGUGCUUUGCGGUUCGAGCUCCGAUUUCUCUGCCGCGGCUUCGGCGGCUUUGUAUGGCUGGGCAGCACGGGGCAGAACAGACAAGCUGGCGAUGUUACUAGAUCAGCGAGGGGAUCCCAACUUUCAGGACUCUGGUGGGCGGACGCCCCUACAUGCCGCCAGUAGCAACGGCCACGGCGAGGCGCUGAACUGGCUGCUUUCACGAGCUGCUUCUCCCGACUUUCCGGACCACCGCCAGCAGCGCCCGCUGCACCUGGCCGCGGAGGGGGGGUACAUCAAAGCUGUGGCCCUGCUCCUUGAGGCUCGGGCUGCAGUGCACGGGCCCGAUGAGAAAGGUCGAGAGCCGCUCCACUUGGCAGUGCAGGCAGGCAUGCCAGAGGCGGCCUACGUGUUGCUGAUGUCGGGCGCAGACUCUGAGAGAGCAGACUCCUGGGGUAUGACCGCGCUGCAUUGGGCGGCCUUUUCCGGGCACCUGUCCUGCACAGAACUGCUGUUGACUUCGGGUGCCUCCGUGCACGUCCGAGAUGCAGACGGGCAAACACCCUUGCACUGGGCAUCUCGGGGACAUCCUCAGGUGUCCUAUGCCCUGCUGGCCUUUGGUGCCGAUGCACACGCAAUGGACGCAGAUGGUCGGAAGCCGGCUGACUGGGCGCUUAGCCAGGGUGACUCCAAACUCGAGGCGGUGCUGCGGGCAGGCGAGCCGGAGGAGCUGGGAGCACAGCGUGCCUGGAUAGUAGAUGUCCGGUCAACUUGA